AUGGAAGAGUGCACAAUUUGCCUCGAGGGUAUUUUGCCACAUACCGAUCUUGGAGUGGUUUCGGGGUGCCGGCACCAUUACCAUGAACACUGUCUACUCCAGUGGUGCUCCCAUUCGAAUUCGUGUCCUUCUUGUCGACAAUUAUUCAACGCUGUGUUCGUAGUAGACCAGCAGACCGGUUCAGUAAAAAGGCGAGUGGUGAUCCAAAACAAGAUUUUAUUCACAGAUUCCAUAGAAAACAUUCCCCUGGAGUAUGUCAACCCGCCAGCACCUCCGGAAGACGAAGAUAUACCUGCUGGCUUGUGUUCUCUUUGUUCCUCUUCAGAUGUGCGAGCACUGACAGCGCCGAUGAUGAAGUGCAAUUCUUGCUUUGCCGGGUUCCAUUUGCGAUGCUUGGGGAUAACCAAUGUCAGAGAUAGCGGGAUGGAUCCUACAUGGUGUUGUCCAAUGUGUGAUGUUUCUCAAGACGUGGUGAUUUCCGGACCGUCUCUUCUCCCACAUCGACCUCAUCGAGUUCGCAAUUGGCGACCCACUUCGAUGGCUUCGGCGUCUUUGGUGCUGGCACCAAGAAGAAGAAGCAGCUCCGAGGGCUCUACAACAAGAAUCCCAGCAACAACUGAACGCUCGGGACGACUUAUUAUCCACAACGAGAACGGCGAGCUUGAUGAUUCGUUCUUGUAUACCGACACUCCCCAUACCCAGUCGCGGCCCAUGCUGCUUAAUGGAGGCGUGCUCAGUCGUCGAGAGACCCGCCAAUGGCAAACUUUGACCCCAGAAGAAAUCCAGUCGUGGAAUAUGUUCCACCAGGCGAGAGAAGGUGCCGACCAAGAAUACACCCAACCUUCACCCAUCAACGAUUCCAGACGAAAACGAAGAAGAAAACGAGACGUGAACACAAGCAACGCAACACCCACCAAUCAAACUCUCGAAAACUCUCGAGCCUCAAAUAUGGUGCGACCCAGUUUUUCUUCAAUCAUGAACCAAGUCCGCAACGGCCUGUCUCAUUCCCAAAUUCCCCAUUCGUCUCCUCCUCGAAGCGCCAACCAUUCUCCACCGGGAAACAGCCCCAUGGACGGCACGGGAAACGGAGACUCAGACUCUCAACUGGACGCCGACACUCGGACUUUUCACCAAAAACCCGCACUCACAUUGGAUCAAAAAACCUUGAUUCAAAAGCAUAUAAGAAACUACCUUCGUCCGCUCUACAAACCAGGAAACACCCACAGUCGAAUAUCAAACGAGGAAGACUAUAUUCGCAUCAACAAAAGUGUUUCUCGCAAAGUUUACAGCUACGUCUUGUCGUUAUCGUCGCCCGAGAAUGGUACGAUCCACGUUACAUUCAUCAACGACUACCUCCACGACCAAACCAGCUUGAAGCAGACGGUAGACCGGUUUGUGGAGGAGGAAUUGCGGCUAGCUAACAAGUAA